AAAAACACGCGCAAAAACACGUGCUAAAUAAUAAUGAUAAUAAUGAUAUAUACGAUAUCAUGAGUAGUAGUAGUAGUAUUAGUAGCACAGGUAGUAGUAGUAGUAAUACUGAUAAUAAUAAAAAACAAUUGGAAAGGGAUUAUGAUUUAGAUGUCAGCGAUUUUUUGGUUUGGUCAACAAUAGCUACAUCACUGGCCAAAUGGAGUGACAGCAAGAAAGCCCGUCAUCGGAAACGUACGGAAGAGUCGUCAUCGGCAGCCGCGGCUAUGGCCGCGGCCUCCGCAGCCUCGGCUAAUAAACCAACCAAUCGUACCAAUCGGUCGCUGAGACGUCAUCGGCGCCGCCGACGGGACGAAGAGAUGGUAUGCUAUAAAAAUUUUGGCUGUUUUCGCGAUGAGGGACCGUUUGAUUAUUUGGAUACACUGCCGGCCAGUCCCGAAACAAUUGCCACAACGUUUACACUGUAUACCCGUAAGACGGCCGUAGAUGGCGAGCGGUUGGACUACGAAAACAGUACAUCACUGGCGAAAUCCAGUUUCAACGCAAGCAAUCCGAUUAAGAUUAUUAUUCACGGGUUCGGGUCGAGUGGUCGCCGGCCGUGGGUUUUACAGAUGACCGAAGCGUUUCUGUUUAUGGAUGAUUUCAAUUUAAUUGUAGUCGACUGGGAAAACGGUGCACAGUUACCCAAUUAUGUACAGGCAGCAGCUAAUACACAGCUAAUCGGCAAACAGAUAGCACUGUUGAUACGUAUGAUUAACUUUAAUAAGGGUUGCAAACCCGAGGACUAUCAUCUGAUUGGGUUUUCAUUGGGCGCACACGUAGCCGGGUUUACCGGUAUGGAAAUCAGCAAUAUUAGCCGUAUUACGGGCCUGGAUCCGGCCGCACCGUUAUUUGAAGGAUACCCGCCUCGUGUCCGACUGGACCCGACCGACGCCACAUUUGUCGACGUCAUACACUCUAAUGGCGACAGUUUUCUCAGGGGUGGUCUCGGCUCGUUUGCACCGUUAGGUCAUGUCGACUUCUAUCCUAAUGGUGGCCGAGUCCAGGUCGGCUGUAAUUCGGUAUUUAUGGGCGCCCUGUCCGACAUAAUCUACGGCAAAUGGAACAGCCUAUGCAAUCAUCGCCGAGCCUUCCGGUUCUUUAUCGACUCUAUUAUCAAAACAUGUCAGUUUCGGGCAUUUGCUUGCGAUAGUUAUGAAAAUUAUCUGAGGGGCGACUGUUUCCAGUGCGGUAAGGAUGGUAUACAGUGCUCAAAUAUGGGCUAUUUUGCCCACCAGUCCUCGGGUAGGGGCAACAUGUAUUUGGUUACACGCGAAAAUGAACCGUUUUGCGCCAAUCAGUUCAAAAUACGUGUGAUCAGCGGCACCGGUCAGGUGAGCACAUGGGGUAAACUGGAAAUACAGUUUAUGGCCAAAGACGGUAACAACGAAACGUUUAUGUUGACCAACGAAGCCGACGAAAUCAAAGAUACCGGGUUUAUCCAGGGUCUGGUUGUAGCCCAUCCUAACAUACACAAUGUUACCAAUGUUGUACUAACCUAUACAAAGUAUAAGGGCUGGAUAUACAGUGGCAAAGAUAACUGGAUGGUCGACAAAAUUGAAUUGAUUAACAGCGAUGGACACAUGUAUGUACAGUAGUAGUAGUAGUAUAGGUGUUAAGUACUGUAUAUUUUUAAAUGGACAGGUAGUGUAGGGGUAGCUAUCAGUUUGCUAUAGGUUAGUUGUGUUUUUUA